CUUAAACGGCAAAAAUUAAUGUCGUCCAGCAUAUGGAUAGAUACGUUUGUAUUGUAUUUUUGUGCGAAGAUCGUUAACACGGAUUUAUUUCAUACGCAUAUUGGAAAUCAUUUCUACAGAAAUUAAAAGAUGCCAAAAGUACGAAGAAGUAAGAAACCUCCACCGGAUGGCUGGGAACUGAUCGAACCAACGUUGGAAGAAUUAGAACAGAAAAUGCGAGAAGCUGAAACGGAACCUCACGAAGGUAAACGCAAACAAGAGUCUUUAUGGCCGAUAUUCAAAAUCCACCAUCAAAAAUCACGUUACAUAUACGACUUGUAUUACAGACGGAAAGCCAUAAGUCGUGAAUUAUACGAUUAUUGUUUGAAUGAAAAUAUAGCAGACAAAAAUCUAAUAGCAAAGUGGAAGAAAGUGGGAUACGAGAACUUGUGUUGUUUACGUUGCAUACAAACUAGAGACACCAAUUUUGGAACUAACUGUAUUUGUCGUGUUCCUAAAGGAAAAUUAGAAGAAGGUAGAAUAGUGGAAUGUAUUCAUUGCGGUUGCAGAGGAUGUUCUGGAUAAUGUUUAGAGGUUAAAAUGUGUAAAGGUGCCUGUGGUUGUUUGUUUAUUUGUCUCGGUAACACAUGAUACCUUACGGGUUCUUAAGAGCUCUGUUGCAUGGCAUCAACAAUUGACGGAAGCGUAAGUAAAGGUAAACGUUUGUAACGUGCACAUUCCUUUGCUUUUGUCUGAGUUGUAUAAUUUAUAAAAUCCAUAUAAUUGCUACUAGUUUAUUCGUUACGUUGUAACGAAUAAAUUUUCCAAGUUGGAUUAUGUCACACGCGAAACGAGAAUGUACAAAUUAAUAAAUGAUUCUUGACCUUGGAAUAAGAAAAGCAUGUUCUGUUCGUUUCAUGGGAAAUGUUUUUUAUGCAUAGAUGUCCAAGUGUUUUGUAUUUGUAAGCGAGAAAUUUCCAUCGAAUUUGAAAUGCAAGUUAUAG